GGCGGCCUAGCGAGCAUGCGCCCGAGCGCAAGGCGUGCCGGGAGUCGUAGUUCUGCCGUCGGACGGAAGCCGAGAAGGACACGCGCCGGCAUGUGGCUCCGAAUGUUAGUAGGGGAGGUCUGGGAGGCGGCGGGCAGGAGCUUAUUGCUCAUUCCCAUCGUGGUGGAGCAGACGGGUCGCGGUGAACGCGCCUAUGACAUCUACUCGCGGCUGCUGCGGGAGCGCAUCGUGUGUGUCAUGGGCCCGAUCGAUGACAGCGUUGCCAGCCUGGUCAUCGCACAGCUGCUGUUCCUGCAGUCUGAGAGCAACAAGAAGCCUAUCCACAUGUACAUCAACAGCCCUGGCGGUGUGGUGACCGCAGGCCUGGCCAUCUAUGACACGAUGCAGUACAUCCUGAACCCCAUCUGCACGUGGUGUGUGGGUCAGGCCGCCAGCAUGGGCUCCCUGCUUCUCGCCGCCGGCAGCCCCGGCAUGCGCCACUCGCUCCCCAAUUCCCGCAUCAUGAUUCACCAGCCCUCUGGGGGCGCCCGGGGCCAGGCCACAGACAUAGCCAUCCAGGCAGAGGAGAUCAUGAAGCUGAAAAAGCAGCUGUACAACAUCUACGCGAAGCACACCAAGCAGAGCCUGCAGGUGAUUGAGUCGGCCAUGGAGAGGGACCGCUACAUGAGCCCCAUGGAGGCCCAGGAGUUUGGCAUCCUCGACAAGGUCCUGGUCCACCCGCCCCAGGACGGUGAGGAUGAACCCGAGCUGGUGCAGAAGGAGCCCGCGGCAGCACCAGCAGACCCUCCUGCCAGUACCUGAGAGCCAGACCGCCUCUCUGGGGCACAGGCCCCACGCUGCUGAGCCUGAGGGGCCCUCGAGGAACUGCGGAUGUGGGGUACCCUGACAUGCGGGCAGCCUGGCUGAGACACUGAUUUAAAUUAAAUCUUUGCCGUGUUUGUUCUGCACCUGAGGUGCCUUUGCUCACUGCUCUGUGACAGCGAGCACAGGUGUGGGUCCCCAGGCCCCAACCACCCCUUCCUUCAGCCGACUCUCCAGAGCACAGCUGUGUCUCGGGCGGCAACACAGUGUGAAACAACCACACAGCAGUCUUCAAAGCUGCCCGUCCUUCCUUUGGGAACGGAGAGUGGGGGCAUCUGGGAAGGAGGUAGGCAGAUGUAUGUGUUACAGGGUAGAUGGGGAAAGAGCAAUCCAGGCAACAGGCACAGCCAGUACAAAGGGCCUGCGGCAGGCCCGUCAGGGAGGAGCCACAGGAGGGCUAGUGGCUGGGUGAGAGUAGGGGGGCUGGGGUGAAGAUCACAGUGAGGAGGGAGGCGAGCCAUGCAGGGUUCUGAGAAGAGGGACUCUAGCCACAGUGUAUGGCGAGAUGUGAGAGAAAACGGUCUAUUGUGGCAGGAGGGUCACAACUUCGAGUCUCAACUGGGGAACUUAGCAAGGCCCUGUCUUGAAUGAAAAAUAAAAAGGGCUGGGAUAGAACUCAGUGCAAAGCCCCUGGGUUCCGUCCCCAGUGCUGUAGACCCCAAGCUGUUGGCCCAAUGGAGCUAAAAGGGCUGGAAGGUUAGGGUCGGGGUCAGGAGCAAUUUGGAAGCAUCUUGCUCAAUGUUUUCCUGGCCUCUCCACAUAGGCCCACAGUCAAGAUGAAAAUGCCCACGCCAUCGGCCUGUGGAUGCGUCUGCGGUCAGACACCUGACUGUAGGGUGUUGCACUGUGUCCGCUCCUGGUGGCCUUAAAUUCCAGCACAUUUUGGGCUUGGGGCCCCAAGUCAGGCUGCAGUGGGUCCAGAAGGCUUGAGAAGAGUAGGAGCGAUAGAGGUUUUUCAGGGAAUUGUACAAGCCGGGUACGGUGGCACUCACCUGUGAUCCCAGCACUCAGGAGGUUGAGGCAGGAUUGCCAAGUUCAAGGCCAGCCUGGGCAACUUAGCAAAACCCUGUCUCAAAGUAACAAUGGAGUGGG